CCGCCUUUCGACUCCAAUCUCUCAAUUCAGCAGCAAAGAUGCCUCGGGUGCCGCAGAUAUUGAGCAAAGCGGUUCGCAUGCCGCUUCGGUCGCUGUCGACCUCGGUCGGCUCGACCGGUGAGAGCUCUGCUGCCGCUGCUGCGGAUGCUGAAAAGCGGAAGCGCUCGUUUGCGAUUCAGUUCAAGCCGGAGGAAGUAGUUCCGGAAGAGAAAGCAAAGACAGUUGCGCGGGCGAUUGGCUGCAGUGUUGAGGAUCUGGUUGCCUAUCCGAGUCUGUCUGAUCCUGAAAACGAAGAAAAGGUGCUGGUGACGGCCAAGGCGUUGACCCUGCCGCCUACGAUGCGCCCUCCAUACCUCGAAUGGCGUACGCCCGUGAAGCCGGUUUCGCUGAAGAGCAAGCGGUCCAAUCAGGCCUACAAGUCGCCGGCUGGACUCAACAAUGCGUACAAAGAGGCUCUUUCGGUGAUUGAGGAGGACAGGGAGCAGCAUUACGCGAAUGUGCUCAAGCUGGCCGACAAGGUCGACAAACUCAAAGCGCGACAAGAAGAAGCUACGGAGGAGAAAAUCAAAAAAUCUAUCGGAGCAGAGAUUUAUAUCGCAGAGGUGGGUAUCGAGAAGUCUCGUGUGCUUGCCGAAUUGUGCAAUACCGAGGCGAUAGUACAGUUUGAGCGAGGCCAGGCCGAUAUGCGCUUCGCGAUCCACCGGGAGUUGGCACGAAAGAAAUGGAUGGGUCUCCGUCGCAUCCAGCUUGUUGACCGACUCGAGAAUAUGCAUGUUAUGCCCGACACAAUGCCGUAUUUAAAACCGCUUGUCGAUCUCCAGGUCCGAUUCCCCGGACCGACGGCGUACUGGUUUGACCCUGGCCGGAUUCUCAGCACUGGCGUCACUGCCCAGGAGCCUGAGUUCAAGAUUAACACCUUUGCGGAUAAGACCAGGCUCUACACGAUUGUGAUUGUCGAUCCCGACACGCCGGAUUUCGAGAACGAUACCUACAAGACCACGCUACACUAUAUUUUGUCGGACAUUGAGAUCCACGGCAACCACCCCGACGUCAAGAAGGAGAAUGCCAGAGUCGUGGUUCCGUACCUUCCUCCCGCACCCGAGAAGAACAGUGGAGUACACAGAUACUCUGUCUGGCUAUUCCAGCAGCCCGAUGACAAGCCGCUGGCGCUGCAGCAGCGAGGAGAAAGAAUAAUCGACGAGGACAAGUUGCUGCAGCGGGAUCGAUUCGAUAUCCGACUGUUUAGAUCGGCGUAUGGUUUGAAGUCUGUCGGAGCGCAUUUGUGGAGAAACAAGUACGAUUCGCAGACCGAGGCCGUCAGAGAGAAAUUCAACCUCGGCCCGGGAACAGUCUGGAGUCGGUCGCGGAUCCUCCACUACUAGUGUUGAUAUUUGUAAUGAUUCUGUAAAUAUUUUGAAAUAAUUUUGAUAUAAUA